AUGUCAGAUCAAAGAUAUUACACCCUUGCGGAAGGAUGUCCCUUCGCAAGCAGCAGCACCGCUGUUCUGAUGCGUGGCCAGCAGGGCGGUGGUCUUGGUCUGCUUCAAGAUACCCAGCUCAUUGAAACUCUGGCUCAUUUCUCCCGAGAGAGAAUUCCGGAGCGAGUUGUUCAUGCCAAAGCUGUUGGCGCAUAUGGAGAAUUUGAAGCAACUGCUGAUUGCUCAGAUAUCACCUCGGCUAGCUUCCUCAACAAGGCUGGCAAAAAGACUCCAGUCCUCUUGCGUGUGUCCACCGUUGGUCCAGAGUCUGGCUCGGCUGAUACAUCUCGAGAUGUGCAUGGCUGGGGAAUGAAGCUGUACACGGAUGAAGGUAACCUGGAUUGGGUCUUCAACAAUACGCCCGUUUUCUUCAUUCGGGAUCCUAUCAAGUUUCCUUCUAUGAAUCGCUCGCACAAGAGACACCCGCAGACUCAUCUUCCUGAUGCAAACAUGUUCUGGGACUUCCAUGUGGGUAAUCCGGAAGGCAUUCAUCAGCUGCUGCAUCUCUUCAGUGACCGCGGAACCCCUCGGUCCAUUCGCUUCCUGAACUCCUACAGUGGACAUACCUACAAGUUCACCAAAGAGGCAAGACAACCCCCUGAAAAUUGGAUUUAUUGUUCCUCUAUAGCGUCCAAUGCUAACCUGUCCCAGGAUGGCUCAUUCAAGUACAUCAAAAUCCAUAUCAAGACUCAGCAGGGAGUCAAGAACUUCACUGCUGAGGAGGCUACCCGUAUUGCAGGCGAAGACCCCGACUACAUGAUCCGGGACAUGUUCGAAGCUAUUGACCGAGGAGACUAUCCCAAGUGGAACGUCUACGUCCAAGUCAUGGAUCCAUCCGAUGCUGAGAAGUACCGGUGGAACAUUUUCGAUAUGACCAAAGUUUGGCCGCACCAGGACUAUCCGCUGAGACAGAUUGGCCAGCUGACCCUGAACCGUAAUCCCGGCAACUAUUUCGCCGAUAUUGAGCAGGCAGCUUUCUCCCCAUCUACGAUGGUGCCCGGCUUUGCAGCAUCUGCCGAUCCAAUUCUCCAAGCAAGACUAUUCGCCUACCCCGACGCCGCCCGCUAUCGCCUCGGCGUGAACUACCAGCAGCUCCCAACCAACGCAGCCAAGGUCCCCGUAUACUGCCCCUUCCAGCGAGAUGGCAAGAUGAGAUUCGAUGGUAACUACGGCGGAGACCCCAACUACGUCAAUUCCUCUCUCAAGCCUACCAAAUUCUAUCCCGAAGUCAAGGGAAUCAAGCCCCAAGCAGUCAGCCUGCACACGGAGCAUGAGAAGUGGGUUGGAGAAGUCGCCACUUACACCAGUCACAUCACGGACGAGGACUUUGUUCAGCCUGCUGCUCUGUGGAAGGUCCUUGGUCGGGAGCCUGGACACCAAGAUCGGACUAUUGCAAAUAUUGUGUCUAGCCUUAAGGGAGUUAAAUCGGCUGGUCUGAGAAACGAAGUAUAUGCUCUUUUCUCCCGUGUCGAUAAAGAUCUUGGCAAAAAACUCGAAGAGAGUACUGAGGCUGCGAUCAAGAAGUGA